AGAAUGCGAUAUACACCACUCUUAUCAAAUCAUGGACGUUUUGAGGCCGAGACACAUUAUGACUAAAGUGUGCAUCACAAUGUUGUUGGUGUUGUCGAGUGCUGUGCUAUCUUCAUGCCACUGCCCACCUGACAGGAUCAAGAACAUCAGCCACUGCGCCUUCCACAUCCACUGUUAUGGUGAAAUCCGAGGAGUCCAACUUCCUAACGAAUGUCGUGAAGCCACCAACGAUCCGGUCACCGUUGACGUCACAGUCACCGACGCCAUAGAAGCAUUUAAUGAUAACACAGACUUAGACUUCCUCAACACCAUCACCUCCCUCAAACUCUCAGGACGAUGGCAACAAACCAAACUAACCAUCCUCAUGUACACCUCCAGACUCCAACACUUAAACCUUGUUAACAAUGGCAUAGAGACCAUAUUAGACUACCCCUUCUCCUAUCUCAACCAUCUCGAAAUACUUAAUCUGUCUUAUAAUAAACUUACAGACAUCGAGGAACUCUUCCAGUUCCAAAUCCAACCAAACCAACUCAAAAGGCUAUUUCUCGCCUUCAACGCCAUACAGGAACUUCCAGGCGAUGCUUUCGGUGAACUGACCUCCUUGGUCGAACUCGAUCUAUCCCACAACCAAAUUUCUGAUCUAACUGAAGAACCAUUCUAUAAUCUAACUAAACUAGAAAUAUUAAGAUUAAACGAUAACAAAAUUAAAGACUUAAACGGUGCCGUCAAUUGCCUCCAAUACUUAAAACAUUUAUACUUGAGAGGGAACCAAAUACAAAAUAUCGAUGAGGAGUCUCUCAAAAUUAUAAAACAUUUGGAAACAUUCGACGUUUCUAAGAACGAACUAGAACAAGUCAAACCAAUUAUGUUGUCAAGACAUUGGGACCAUUUCACUAACCAUUCUAUUUGUAAAAUUAUUUUGUCAGGAAACUUAAUCACAAGUGUCCCCAACGCUUCGUCCAUUGAAGUGUCGUCCAGAUUCAGCAGGAACCUGGACAAACACAAUGUUCACCUAUACACUGAGUUAGACCUGUCCCUAAACUCUAUAUCAAAUAUUGAGUACAACGCCUUCCAAUCAUUAAUACGACUCAUUUCUCUCGACUUGUCAAAGAAUAAAGUGAUCGAUUUCAAAGUGGACGGCAAUGAUCUCGCUAAUAUCAAAUACUUGAAUUUGAGCAACAACUACAUUUCGCGUUUAUAUUUCGAGACUUUCUCUUCAAUGACAAACUUGCAGAAUCUCGAUUUAUCGUACAAUCAACUUGAUUUCGUCUCGGACAUGACGUUCAACAGUAAUUAUAAUUUCAAAAUUGUCAAUAUGACACACAAUUUAAUUGAGAAACUUGACAGUGUUCACUUAACGUUCCACCCAGAAGGCGGUGUUUUGGAUCUCUCUAAUAAUGGGUUGUACAGACUCAAUAUACCUUACGGGGAUGGUUUGCGUUUGAUUACUUUGAUCUUACAUUCGAACAAUAUAUCGGAUCCCUCUCUGGUGGAUCUAAGUCAUCACACGGAACUACAAACUUUGGACUUGAGCAACAAUUUAAUUGGGGAACUGGAUCCAUCACGUUUGAAGCUACCGGAGGCGACUCUCGUGUAUUUGGAUUUGUCUUAUAACAAAAUACAAUACAUAGCGCCAUCGACAUUUAGUACAUUGCGGCACUUGAAAACUCUUCGUUUGAGUCACAAUUAUUUGACAAAGUUCGAGUACGGUACGUUUGCAGGUUUGACAGAUCUGUGGCACUUGGAUCUAGCGUAUAACACGAUUGGGUAUUUAGAUUCGAAGUAUUUGAUGGAUUUGAAGUACCUUCAUGUUCUCUCAGUGAGGUCUAAUGACAUGAAUGUUUUAGACUUAAGCAGUUGGUAUGGGCAUAGAUUUGACUUGAGGGUGUAUGUGGAUAACAACAAUCUUACUUGUGAAUGGCUGGGUAAGGUGUUGAGGGAUUUUAAUAAUGGGUAUACAAAGGUGAAGCCGACUGUGUUGGUGGCAGCCGGCAAGGGUCCGCAUACCGUAGAAGGUAUACCUUGUAUGGCAAAUGAGAGCCAAUCACUCACUGACGCGAGUCGGUACGUAAUAGCUGAUGAAAGGUUGUUGAUCACCAGUCAAAAGAUCUUAGAGGCAGUUCGAGAACAGAAUUAUUACUUUGAGAAAUAUGUGUUACAAGCGAUACAUAAAGAAGUGGGCAAAGACUGACGCAUUUUCUAAAAUUAACUGUAGGGGUAUAUAUAAGGGUCUGUUUUGUAAUGACUGCUGAAAUUUCUAGUAGUUUAACCUAAUUAAUAAUGUGAAGUAUUUUCUAUGUGUAAUAUUAAAAUAUGAGCCAGCUCAGCUAGUAGAAAUUUGAUUGGACGUUGCAAAAUAAGCCUUUGGUUUAUAAUUUUAGGACUGAAAUUUAAGUGGCAGUUGAUAACUUGGUAAGGAGUUUGAAUUUUUUACUUUCAUUAUGAACAACUUCUGUUACAUGUUUUGUAUGUUUCUGUAUAUUUUUUAGUUUAAGAACGGUUAUAGAAGUAUUAUUAUGUUUUCUCAUAUUCCAUAUAACAAUAAAAUAAUCCCAGUUUGUGUUUAGGUAUUAAUAUAUUGUUGUAAUCA